GGGGAAUGUGAUAUAUCAACAUUUGGUGGGCAAUUUUUACUACUAUUCAACAGUUGAUUUGGCUUGGUCUGGCUUAUCAAAAGCAGUGCAAACCGCCAUCCCUCCCUCCCUCCCUCCCUCCACAUUCUUCAUACUCAUCCACGCGACAGCCUGCUCAAGCAAACAAACAAACAAACAUUUGAAUGAUGAAAAUUGUUCUUGAGCCUCGAGCACAAAAGCGCGGCGCUUUUCCAAACUCUAUUAUAUUCCAUGUGUUUUUGUCUCCUCAAACAUUUUUUAGUCUAUUAAUACAUUUACAAUGUCAACAGUUAUACAGGAUAUCGACGGUGCCGACACCAAUACCGGCAAACGAAUGUCGAAGGAGUUGGAUUCGCUGCCCAUGCCUUCGACCACUCCGGCGUCUCGAAAUGACAGAUCAAUGGCCAAUAACAAGUUCGUUCUCUUUUUACAGUAUCUGAACCCCCUCUUCUACGCUCGUCUCGCGCAGUCCUUCAUAUACUCGGUCCUCGAGUCGUACAGGGGAGACAGAUCCAGCAACUUUAACUCGCGAAUCACUGCCGGCGAAAUGGUCCCUGCACAGGGACUGGUCCCGGCAGAUGCCAGCGCCAUUGAUUGUGGUAUGCCUACGAUGACCGAGUUUGACAUUAACGACCAGUUUACAACGAUUUCUCCCGAGUUUGAGUUUUUGCCGCAGCUCAAUAUCGAUUCGAUGAGGCCCGGCUUUAUAAUGAAAGAGCAGCACGUGGAGAUGGUUGGCGGCAAUGCUGAGCUGGGCAUUCAUAUAGCCGACGACGAGGAGCAUGAAGAAGCUGUGAAAGCAAAGGUGCAGCCUUCGUUAAUGGAACCUACUGUGGUGGAACAAGUCUCAAAGAGCAUUGAGGCUCCUCACGUCAAUAAGGUGGUUGAGCAAGAGCAGGAGCAAAGACUGGAACAGGAAGUGAAUGCAGAAAAUGUCGAAGUUUCUGUUGUGGACAUCGUGAUCGAACAAGAGAAAUACCAGGAACAUGAUGUCGCUGGGCUCGCUUUGAACGCAAACCCUGAGUCAAAGAUAAGCAAAAAGAGCAAGCGUGCCAAGAACAGGGCAAAGGGCAAAAACUAGGCAGAC